UAUUGUGGCCAUGCAGGGAAAGAGUGCUGACCUUCAAGAUCAGAAAGGAGUGAUCUAUCCAAGGAUCAAUGUUGACCAGCUGAAGCUCACCUUUGACCCCGUCCCCAGAGUUCCACACAAAAAUCUUAGGAACCAACCAACUCCCCCCACAGCUCCAGCUCCCCAACCACCAGCUCCAACUCCUACACCUUCCUCAGUUCCAGCUACCCCACCAUCAGCUCCAGCUACCCCACCAUCAGCUCCAGCUACCCCACCAUCAGCUCCAAUUCCUCCACCAUCAGCUCCAGCUCCAGCUCCGACACCCUCCGCAGCUCCAGCUACCCCACUUUCAGCUCCAACUGCCUCCGCAGCUCCAGCUCCUCCACCAUCAGCUCCAGCUCCAACUUCUCCUGCAGCUCCAGCUCCCCCAUCGCCUGCUUUCACUCCCAGACACACAAAAACUGUAGCAGAGAAGUACGUCAGAGAUGCCUGGGCUGGAAAUGUUUCCCAUGUCCUCCUGUCCAAAGUGGGGGCAUACAAAAUGUUUUAUUGGGACAUAUCCCAAAUUGGACCAAAUAUGGAGAUGGAAAGUGAGGCUAUCAAUGCAUACAUGUCAAUCAUUGUGAGGGAUCACAACGCCCAAAACACACAAAAAGCAGCUGUGAUUGACUCUUUUGCAAUGACGGCAAUAUGGCAAGGAAAAUCCUCAAGAAUUAAGAUCAAACCCCUGGACUACCACAUUCUUUUGGGGAUCAUAAAUCAAAACCAUCACUGGAUAUUGGCGGCUAUCUAUCCACAUGAAAAAAGAUCCCUGCUAAUGGGUCCUCUGGGAGAGUCCAAACAAAAUAUAAAGCGAUGUUUGGAGAGAACAAGGGCUUUCCUUAGAAACAAGGGAUGCAAUGUGUCAAGGUGGACAUGUGACACAGUCGAACACCCCUUCCAAACAGAUGGCACCUCAUGUGGAGUGUUUUCACUGAAGUUUGCAGAAAAAAUCCUACAAAAUGAGAGAAUUCAUUUCAGUGCUACCCAACAGGCCAUCAACAGAUACAGGAUGGAAAUAGCUGUCACUCUCCUCCUACAGACUGAUGACCUAAAUGACUUGUGCUUCUAUUGUGGGACAAAGGAGCAUGAGACAGACAUUGACUGGAUCCAGUGUGAUAUUUGUCUGCGGUGGUUUCACCAGACCUGUGUAGGAAGCCCAUCACCACAGGAAACUUUUGUUUGCCCAGCUUGUGUUCACUGAAAAGUGAAGGGGGAUGAGCUGCUCUC